ACAGUGACUUCAGGUGAGUCAGUCUGUGUUACCUAAGUUAGCCUGGACCACCGAUCACCGCCAUGAACGUUGUCUGUAGUCUCCUGGCCGUCUGCCUUUUCGUCGUUUUGUGCGACAGCUGCUGUGUCCCUAAGCAGUGGGAAGCGCUGGAGGGAAUUGUCACAGGGAUUGACGAACAUGGAAGGGAUAAUUUAGAAGAGGGCACAGUUUUAGUAGCUUAUGAUGCUAUCAGCCAAAGGUUUGCUGCUGAUUACAAGGUUUACUAUGGUGAGAAACAUUAUGGUGGGAAAAUCAUCUUGGACUUCGCCAGGGAAAGGCAGUACAUCAUUUCAAAGGGGAAAUGUGAAAUUGCAAUAUUGAAGGACCCCUUCAGGGAAUCUUGUAUUCCAGGUGAAAUCAAACCAUAUGUGUACACUAUCGGAGUUGGAGAAAACAUUAUGGAGUUGAAGAGUUAUCAGGUGGACUAUGCAGGAAUAAAAGCGAGCAUCAGUGUAACUGGCAACUGUGUCCCUGUAGGUGAGGUGUUGUCUGGACAGGUCAAUGGAAUGAACUUCCUUGAAACUAUUGGGUAUACAAACUUGACAGUUGGAAUCAGAGACGAGUCAGUGUUUGAACCCCCAGCCAUCUGUAUGGGUAGCCUUGCACAAAGAAUGAUUCUUGGAAAACUGAGGGACCCAAUUGUUUCCCUGAGGAAACAUGCCAUUCUUGGAGCAUAGAUAGAAGAGCUGCGGUUAUCUAUGAAAAUCCACCAUCCAAUCAUCACUAGCAUUUACUUUUCUUUUUUAAACCUAAACUGUCACUUUUAAAACAUGACACCGUUUUGACAAUUGUUGGAAAUCUUUAUCCGUUGGUUUGGUAUUUGAAUCAAACAGAUAGACAAUCAAGAUUGCCAUUAAUGCCUUUAUAGAUCUGCUGUCACCAGACCAUAGUUAUAUAGAUGGGUUUUGAGGCACAAAGCUUGAAAUAAAAUUAACAUGAAAUUAAAAUGUCUGUUGUGAAAUAUUUUGAUUAAACACUGGAAAUCAUUGAUGGCAUUCGAAGCCAGUAUGUAAAAUCAGAUAGAUACUGUAGAAAGUUGCCAUAGAAUUACAUCUAAUGAUCUUGUGGAAAAACAAGGUGUCCUGAAUUGCUGGUUCAAAAAUCUCAAAAUCUAAAUUAUGUGAUAAAAAGUGAAAUUAUAAAAGAACAUUUAAACAUGUUAUGUCUGGUAUUGAAAUAAUCACAAAACUAGGUUCACUUUGAAUUACUCUUGAUCUGAAACCAUACUGCUGUAUAUUUUGCUUGUUUCUUGCAUUGUUUUAUUUUUUUGUGCGUGUUGAAUAUAGUGUAUUUAGCCAGAUCCAAUACAAGUUUAUUUAACCAGAAAACAUUUUGUUAAAAGUUUACAAUGUAUUUCUACUUCAUAUUAAGAUUUUUAUUGUCUUUUAAGAUUUUUUUUUCAUUCCAGUUGGUGUGUUUUUAUUGAACAAAUCUGUUGUUAUUUAGGAGGAUUGAGUUAAAGCCAACCCUUUAUUUUUUGGUCGCCUUUGACAAAGUCUCAUGGUGAUCUAUUGCUAUAACGUUUUGUUCCUCGUGGUGCAUCUGUGAUUUUUUUUUACAUUUUCAAAGUCCUCUCUAAAAACCCUGAACCAAUAAAAUUCUUCAGAAACUUUGAACUUUCCCUGAACAUAAAAUAAUGAAUUAUGUAGUCCCUACCCACCAGGGGCAUAAAGGACAAGGCCAAUAGGGGUAAAUUUACUCAAACUUUAAAAAAAACUUUCAUAUAUUAUAGAAUCAACUGCUCAUCAUCAAUGAGAGGGUUUUUAGGUACUUUUCAAAAAACGGUGAAUUUCAUAACUUGCACUUCACCAAGAUAGUGAAUUUCAUGCCUCCAGAUUCUUUCAUUUCUAUCUGGGGAGGGGGUAAAAUUUACCGUAGUUUAUAUGAAAACUGCAUAUGCCACCAUCGAGUUGGUAGGUAUUUUCUUUUUGUGACACUUGAAACCUACUUAAACUUAUAGCUUGUCUCUUCAACAUUUCUUAGCUCAGAUGAGCAUGAGGCUGCAAGGCCUCUUGGUGUUAUCUUGAUUCUGGCCAGGAUGAAAUACACAAAAAAUGACCCUUAUUGUGUUAUAUAUUCAUGUAAUGAAUCAGUUAUUCUGAAGUCAGAUUGAACAUGUAGUUUAAAUGUUGUGUACUAUUGCAUUUUACAUAAGUCUUGUAUCAAAUGACUUUUUACAUAAAAUUUGAAUACAUGAA